AAACGCUCAGACUCGAUUUCCCACGUCUUCCCGCGUUCCAAACAUCACACAACCUGUUCAAAGCAGCUUUCUAGAGCUACUUAAUAAGCGGAGAAGCUUCUAGUGCAUCCGAACUCUCGGCAGCAGCUGUUCUACCCCUACCUUACCUUAAGCUUGCGGUGCCACCUCUGCAAGUCAACUCCAUCGUUUUGGAUCAGACAUAGUUGCAGAAGCAUCCUUCCCGCCUCCUUCACCGAGGAAUCUCGCCCUAGUCUCUCUCACGCUAGAAGACUCUACGAAGCUAAUCAGGAUCGAAACUCGAGUCAAAUCGGGCCCAACUCAACGCACAUUCUUAUUACCUACGUCUCACGUUUAGAUUCCUUGGCACUCGAGUCCCCAGAGAACCCGCUGUUGGUACUCUGCGAUAAGAUAAACCCCUCCGUUCGAACCCCGCCAUCAAGAGCUUGGUGACCAUCGGUUGUCCGUCCGGAUCCGUCCCCGGCUAAGAUCGUCUACCGUCAGUCGCUACUCCAUCUCAUUCUGAAGCCUGUGCGUCAUUGCACCAUCAGACAUCUAUCUCAGCUUGCUAUCUUGACUUUGGCCCGCAAACUAACCAUCUCACAGAUCCCCUCAGCAAAGCAAAGCACUUCCGCAUCCAUACUCACAAUGAGAGCCAGAUACAAGGGUCCGGGAGGCACAGGCGUCGUCUCACUCGAGGACACCGCAACAGUCGGAGACCUCUUCAACGAGAUCAAGGACAAGACGGGCAUCGCCGAGUUCACCCUCAAGUACGGCUGGCCCCUCCAGACCCUGACCCUCGAGCACAAGGACGCCAACGCCAAAGACCUCGGCCUCAACGGCCAGUCCUUCAGCAUCGAGCCGGCCCACCAUCGCGCAAUCACACCUCCUCCGCCCGCCGCCGCCGCCUCGGCAUCUCGAGGCCCGGAGGCGGCCAAGAAGCCCCGCCUCGAUCCCGAUGCCGACCCGUCCCCUUCGGACAUCAGCAUCCCGUGGCCGGAGCGUGAGUCGACGUUACUCCUCCGCGUGAUGCCCGACGACAACAGCUGCCUCUUCACCGCUUUCGGCGGCGCCAUCCCAGGCAAACAAAUGGAAGCCAAAGAGCUCCGCAAAAUGGUAGCAGACUACAUCCGCCAACACCCAGACGACUACCCCGAAGCCGUCCUCGACAUGCCCGUCGAAAAGUACAUCCGCACAAUCCAAGACCCCGAGCGCUGGGGCGGCGCCAUCGAGCUCGGCAUCUUCUCCGACCUCUUCGACCUCGAAGUCGUCGCGUUCGACGUCAAAUCCCAGAAUCCGCUGCGCUUCGGCGAGAACAAGGAAUCGCGCUGCAUCCUCGUCUACUCGGGCAUCCACUACGACCGCAUCGCCUGCAGCCCCUCGGAGCCCCCUCACUACGCGCACUCGGACCUGCCUCCGGAACUCGACAGGACCAACUGGAGCACCGCCGACGACGAGGUUCUCGACCGUACGCGCGCGCUGAUUCGAAAGUUGCACGAGAUGCACUACUUUACGGAUACCACCGAGUUCUUACUGCGGUGUACCGUGGCCGGGUGCGACUGGUUGGGCAACGGGCAGAAGGAGGCCAAUAAGCACGCCAAGGCGACGGGGCACAUGGGCUUCAGCGAGAUCAAGGAUGAGCCUGCGGGUGGUGGUGGUGGUGCUUCGGGUGGUGACGGCGCCGGUGCAGGUGCUGGUGCUGGGGGUGCCUUUGGCGAUAAUGCGCUGCGCAAGUGCGAUGCUCCUGGGUGUGAGUGGUUGGGCAGCGGUACGGCCGAGGCUAGGAUCCAUACGGGCGCGACGGGACACACUGCGAUGACUGAGAUUCCGGACUUUUGAUGAACAGAGACAGGGCCUAUUGAUAUAUGCAUGGCGGGGCGGAGUUGUUGGGCACGGUUAUAUGAGGAACGGGAAACGAUGACUCGGGGAGUUUGACUUAUUUUCAAAUCGAGAGAUUCUCAUCGGG